AUGGCGCCGCUGGUCGCGUCGCUCACCAUCGCCGCGGGCAUGAUACUGGCUCAACCGCCACCCGAGAAGCCGAACAUCAUAUUCUUCCUCACCGAUGAUCAAGACCAAAUGCUCGGCGGCUCCUUCCCUCCUCUCGACGGCGUGACGCCGAUGCGGCGGACACAGACCGAGCUUGCCGACAAGGGCGUCACGGCCACCAAUUUUUUUGUCCACACGCCAAUCUGCUGCCCGAGCCGCGCCGAGAUCGUCUCAGGCCGCUACCUGCACAACAUCAAAGCGCAGCCGGUGACGACGCCGCCGCUGCCGCCGAAGGGUGCCGUGUGCAUGCAUGUCAACGUCACCAAGGUCGACCAGCGCACCUUCGCCGCCGACCUUCGCGACGCCGGCUACACCGUCGGCCUCUUUGGUAAGUACCUCAACUCUGUACCAUAUGACGACUUCUCCCAGCCGCCCGAUGGCUUCGACGCGUGGAUGGCCAACGGCGGGGGGGAGUACAUAGCGCCGCAGUUCGGCGCGCGCGGCCUCGCUUUCGCCGGCAUCCCGGACGGCAACGUCUCCUUCAACGUCACCGACUACACGACCGCCGUCGUGGGCAAUGUCUCCAGCGCGUGGAUAGAGCACGUGACGGCGACGAGGCCGCGCGCGCCUUUCUUCGCGUACAUCGCGCCCAAGGCGGCGCACGAGCCGUUCAUCCCAGCACCAUGGUACCUCGACCACUGGGAGCCCUCGUGGCCCGUCCACGAGCCGCGACCGCCUGCGUACAACUCCUCUGCCGCCGCGCGCGCCGACAAGCACGGCAACAUCGCCACGCAGCCUCUCCUCUCGGAGGAGGCGGCACGCGUGAUCACCGGCGUGUACAAGAACCGCUGGCGCACGCUGCUCUCGGUGGAUGAUGUGAUCGGCGACGUCCUUGCCAAGUGCGACGCCCUCGGCCUCCUCGAGCGCACCUACGUCUUCUACACGAGUGACCACGGCUUCCAGCUCGGAGAGGACAACAUGCUGAUGGACAAGCGGCACGUGUACGACUGGGACACGCGCGUGCACCUGCUCGUGCGUGGGCCCGGGCUCGUGCCUGGCGCACAGAUGGCGCAGCCGGCGACGACCGUCGACCUUGCCGCCACGUGGCUCGGUCUCGCCGGCGUGACGAAGGCUGCGCGGUACGAUGGCCGCUCGAUCUUACCGCUGCUGCUCGCCGCCGGCCGCUCGAUCCCACCUCUCGAUCCUAUGUCGGCCGCUCGAUCCCACCGCUCGAUCCCACCGCCGCUGCUCGCCGCCGGCCGCGCACUCAACGCAUCGGGCGCGGCGGCGGCGCCGACAGCAGGUUCUCCAGACGACGCGGCCAUACGCCGGACGCUCGCGCCCGCCGUGGUGCGCCACCUCGAUGCGCUCGGCCCUGUGUCGGCCUACGCGGCUGGCUGGCGACGCGAGGUCUUCAUCGAGUACUACUACGUAGCGGACAACGACAAGUGCAUCGACAACUGCACGACGCCGGGCGAGUACCCGCAGAAAGACGCGGCCUGCGUCGACCUGAGGCACAAUGCAGGCUGCUGGGGGCCGCCACAGUGCAAUGCACAGUGCUACCCGACAGAGUCGACCGCCAACAAUUUCAUCGCGCUGCGCACGAUGGCCGAUGCGCCGGGCGCGGGCGAGGCCGACGUGCUGUACGCCGAGUUUGCAACGGGCGAGCAGUCGACGGCGGACAUCGACUUCGCGCGGCCCGACUUCUACGAGAUGUACGACGCGGCGAGUGACCCGUGGAUGACCGCCAACGUCGUCAAGCGCACGCCCACGGCGGUUCGCCACGCACUCCACGAACGGCUGCACAAGUGGUUUGCGUGUGCGGGCGAGAAGUGCCCUUGA